CUGCACCACUUUGAGACCAAGGUGGAGAAGCACAGCCACUACCAGGAGCAGCUGGAGCUGUCCCACCAGAAGCUGCAGCACGUGGAAACUCUGGGGGACGAAGAGCACAUCCGGAGGAACCAGCAGAAGUACGACUCACUGGCCGAGAAAACCCGGGAGAUGGGAUACAAGAUGAAGAAGCACAUGCAGGACCUGUCCAACAAGAUCUCCCGACAGGGACUUCAGCACAACGAGCUGCUGGCAGCUCUCCACCUGCAGACCUGUCUCCGGCCUGGGACGCUCAGCGUAGGGACCGGCUUAUUCGGGGGGAAGCGAGGAUCCCGGAGGCUGAGCCGGUCUGUUGUGGGGGUCCCGGAGCUCGUUCUCCAGCUGAAUCAGCCGGUCCUGGACAGGCCCCGCCCCCCCACGCUGAGCCGUUUCCAUGGCAGCCAGGUGGAGGUGGUCCUCCUCUGGUCAGGGUAA